AUGGCCAGCAAUCAACAGACAGCGGAUUCACUCAUCUUCGGUGUGCCUGCCGGUACUAUUACCAGCAGGAGACCCCUUUUCAAAUGGACUCCGGCACAGGAAGCCAUAUUUGAUGCCCACGCCCUAGCCUACCCUGCCUCACUAGACAAGCACGAGCACAUGCCUCAGCUACUAGUAGAGCUAGGUCUAGAUGGUUUCAAAGGCAUAAGAAACGCGCAGGGUGAACAGGUGCAUGAUAUAAUCAUGCGAAAGGUUGAGAACAAAAUCCGAGAUACUCGUAGAGGCUUGAGCAAAGCUAACGCGAUAUUAGCUCGGUUACCAGCACCAUCACGUCGACAACCAAUUCUCUCUCCGCCCGCUCCAGGUCGCUCAUCCCCAGCCGACACAGUUCCAGGGGACCCUUCCGUUCCUUCAAAUUCUCUAAACCAUCCACUUGGUCAGGUCCUCCCAGCCUCUUCUGUCCCCCAAAUUCCUCUUCCAACUUCUCGAGUCAACCGACUGCCUCCUCCAGCUCCUGAACUGCAUUCUUCUGAGAACAAUGAUGAUGCUGGAGAAGAGGACGAGUAUAUUAAGCAAGAGUCAGACUCUGAUGACGAUAUGUACAUCUAUAAAGGGGUGUAA